GCUUCCUUCCAAGCAUACUUCUAUUUGAGAUGUCCUUCGGCGGCACUUGAUGCCAUGGCACAACCGAGAUUUGCAACCUGCCCAGGCGUCCUUGCGUUUGAGAAACACCCAAAGUGUAUUAAAAGCGCUUUUACCAUAAAACAGGGGUUACUAGAUCUCAGAUUCCUGAUUUUCCGCACUGCUGUCUGGUGUGUCAUCAAGGAGAAGCAGUAGGCUUCUAAUGUUAUACAUUGGCCAUGCACAUAUUGCAAAUUCGAGACAUCAAAACGUGUAGAGCUUUUAAAGCAUUAUAGAUUGAAACAUCCACACACUGGUCAAGGAUGGUCAGUGCCCUGCUUGUACUUGGAUUGUCCGUGCUCACUUAGAGGUUGGGGGGAACUUCGUACACAUUUGUCUAGAGCCUUGAAGUAAAGAGGCAGGAGCUUCUCAAUGAGGUGAUGAAAAAGAACAAAUGUAAUGUGAUAAAACAAAAAUGGCCAAAACAUUCUCCUAUCGAAGGCUUGAGGUUGUGAGUGGUAGUCCAGCUGUUGAGGAUUUCAAAAAGAGAUGGCCUGCAUUAUUUUGUGAAGCUAAGGUGAAAGAGGAAUUUAGGAGAAUAACUACAAUUUAUCUGGAGCAGAGCUUCAUGUACAAACUUGACCUUUACACGCCAAAACCUAUUGCCCUAAUGAAGCUCAAGGGAGGUGUUGCGGGGACAAAGCUGAGGCCGCACUUGGACGAACUGAGUCAGAACCAAAGCAUUGAGAUGAGAUGUGAAGCUAUUAUCCGGAGCCUCAUAGUGUACCUUGGCGAGAAAGAAGAGGAACUUUUUGAAGAUUGCCUGGAGGAAAGCCGCAGUGACGCCAUGCAACACAUCCUUAAGAUUCUGGUGGUCCAUCUAUCUGAUGGAGAGGAUCCAGUGGAUGUAUCCAUUCUUCUUGAAGGCAAGGAGAUCUUACCAGGAUGCCACAAUUUGGCUAAAGCUUGUGCACUACUUAUGGGGUUGAUUUAUACCCUCAACCUCGCAUACCCCAGAGCCCUGCGCUAUACUUUUGAAGUGUUUCAGAAACGUUUUCUAGAACUGGAUGGGAUGAAGUUGUCCUCUAAAGUUCAAACAUUAAAGUCCAAGUUGAUGUCUUAAAUUUUGUUUGCCAUGGCAAGUUCUGCACAUUCUUGGGUGCCAGUGUCACCCCAACUCAGUUUUCCAUUCUGCAAGUUCUGUUGGACCCUUUGCACAAAUAUCUUCCGCUGUACAGAAACACUGACUUGGAGCGUCCAUCUUCAGUUUUUACUCUCCAAAAGACUGUUGCAUUAAAUAUGACCAGGACUUUAUAUAUUUUUUGUGUUUUAGUGUUUGCAUAUGCAUUUUUUUUGCAUAUAACAAUUGCUGUGUAAUACUGUAAACCAGUAUGAAUAUCAAAAUCCCUUUUAUUAUACAAACUUGGUUAUACACAUGUGCAAGGCACUGGACAAGGAUAAUAUUGCGGGGUUUAAGUUGUUCUGAACUUACUUUUGGUCGUUCUGUUAUUUAUAACUUGUUUCCAUCACUUUUGUACUUAUUUUUCUUUUGAACUCCGUUUCAGCCUGGCAAAUGGUGGUGGCAAAUUAACCUUUAGUAAUGUUUUCAAUUUUGUGCCUGCUAAGCACCUGGUCUUAUUGUCUUUUAUCAGGAACCUUUAACAUCAUUUUUUUGUUUUGUUAAAUCGUUAUGACCAGGACUUUAGAAACAUGGAUGUGUUUUCAUCUAUGUGUUAUGCUUUUGGAUUCAUUUCAUCAAGGCAAACAGUGGUGGGAAGUAGUCUUUUUGUAA